CCGGCACUUCCGGUCCGUUGGGUGUCUCUGUCGGCAUGGACCUCGAGGCGAGCCCGGAGUGGGGCCUGGACGGGCCGGAGGGCGCCGCGGAGGAGACGGACUCGGGAUCGGACUCGGACGGCGCCCAGGAGCCGCGGCCUCUCCCGGGCAGGGGCCGUCGCGGAGCAGGAGGCCGCCGCGGAGUCUUCGCGCCCGGGUUCGUCUUCGCCGAGAAGGAGGCGGCGGCCGGGCGGGGCGGCGGGACGUGGGCCGAGGCGCUGGGCCAGUUGAAGCGCCAGAGGAAGGCCUCCAGCCUGGACGAGAAGAUCGCGGCGGUGCGGAGGAAGAGGCGGGCGCAGGAGAAUCAAACAGAACAAGAAACCACAAAUAGAGGGGCCGGAGAGACUACACAUGAGGCUGGGGACAAGGCAAGUCCUGAAGAUAGUGAGGAAGACGUGUACUCUUCUGCAGAUGAAGGCAUCUUCUCAAAUGCAGAUACGCUCAAGGUGAAGGAGAAGAGGAAACGGAACAGGGCAGAGGAAGAGGAUCUCGCAUUCCAGGAAACGGAGCUGGUCUUUGGUGAAGACGCCUCUCAGUAUGACGACAGCCUGUCAUUCCAGGACAUGAACCUGUCCCGCCCGUUGCUGAAGGCAGUGACUGCCCUUGGCUUCAAGCAGCCAACGCCCAUCCAGAAGGCUUGCAUCCCGGUGGGGCUGCUGGGGAAGGACGUCUGUGCUUGCGCGGCAACUGGGACGGGGAAGACGGCGGCCUUCAUCCUGCCUGUUUUGGAGCGUUUGAUCUACAAGCCCCGGCAGGCCCCCGUGACGCGCGUGCUCGUCCUCGUCCCCACCCGAGAGCUGGGCAUCCAGGUGCACUCGGUGGCCAGGCAGUUGGCGCAGUUCAGCAGCAUCACCUGCUGCUUGGCAGUGGGGGGCCUGGACCUCAAGACUCAGGAGGCAGCCCUGCGGGCAGGCCCGGACAUCCUCAUCGCCACUCCCGGGCGCCUGAUCGACCACCUGCACAACUGCCCUUCUUUCCACCUGGGCAGCAUCGAGGUCCUCAUCCUGGACGAGGCCGACCGGAUGCUGGAUGAAUACUUUGAGGAGCAGAUGAAGGAGAUCAUCCGGCUCUGUGCGCGGCAUCGGCAGACGAUGCUCUUUUCUGCCACUAUGACUGAGGAGGUGAAAGAUUUGGCGUCCGUCUCCCUGAAGAACCCCGUCCGAGUCUUUGUGAACAGCAAUACUGAUGUGGCCCCGUAUCUGCGCCAGGAGUUUGUCCGGAUCCGGCCCAAUCGUGAAGGCGACCGGGAGGCUACAGUAGCCGCCUUGCUCACGAGGACCUUCCCAGACCACGUGAUGGUUUUCACUCAGACCAAGAAGCAAGCGCACCGCUUGCACAUCCUGCUGGGGCUGAUGGGCUUGCGUGGCGGGGAGCUGCAUGGAAACCUCUCCCAGGCACAACGGCUGGAGGCGCUCCGCCGCUUCAAGGAUGAGCAGAUUGAUGUGCUGGUGGCCACGGACGUUGCUGCGCGAGGUCUUGACAUUGAAGGCGUCAAAACGGUGAUCAACUUCACGAUGCCCAACACCACUAAACAUUAUGUUCACCGUGUGGGGCGCACAGCGCGGGCAGGGCGUACAGGCCGCUCUGUGUCCCUGGUGGGGGAAGAGGAACGCAAGAUGCUGAAGGAAAUAGUCAAAGCCGCCAAAGCACCAGUCAAGGCCCGGGUCCUCCCCCAAGAUGUGAUCUUACGUUUCCGGGAGAAGAUUGAGAAACUGGAGCCAGAUGUGCACGCAGUGCUGUGCCUGGAGCGGGAGGAGCGGGAGCUGCAACAUUCGGAGGCGCAGCUCAACACUGCCAAGCAGAAACUGGAGACGGGGGGGCAGGAGGCCACAGAAGGUGCUGGUCGCAGCUGGUUUCAGACCCGGGAAGAGAGGAAGAAGGAGAAGCUUUCCAAGGCACUGGAGGAAUUUGACCUGGCUUUGCGUGGCAAGAGGAAGAGAGAGAAGUUCAUGAAGGAGAGGCAUAAGAAGGCCCAGAUGACGCCUGAGGAGCGGUCCCAGUUUGAGAUCUUGAAAGCCCAGAUGUACGCCGAACGCCUGGCAAAGAGGAACCGCCGAGCCCCUCGAGCACGGGCCAUGCCAGAAGAUGUUCCAGGGGCCACAUCAGUAGCAGGGCUGAACAAGUGCAAGAAGAAGGUGUCUGUCUUUGAUGAGGAGCUCACCAACACAAGCAAGAAGGCCUUGAAGCAGUAUCGUGCCGGGCCCUCCUUUGAAGACCGCAAGCGCUUGGGCCUCGCCACUAGGAGGAAAGGAGGAAGCUUCAAGUCCAGGGCCAGGUACAAGAGGAAAUGAGGAGAGGAGCGGGAAUGUGCCGCUCCCUGCAAGGAAGUGCUCGACUCCUACGAUCCGAAUGUCCCUUGGUGGUGCCCAAAGCAGCUUCAGCCAGGGCGGAAGAAGCCGGUUCCUUCUGGCUUCUCUCUUUGGUCCCCGUUUAACUGGAGCGUCUGCACUCUGCCCCUGCGAGCAUUGUGUCUCUUUAGUGAGCUUUGUCAUUAAAGUUUCUUUUGAUGAUGUCUAAGACAAGAGUUUGCAGACAUGAUAUGUAAUCGACCCAUCCAGUCCAGCAGCCUGUUCCAAGCAGCAGCCAGCCAGCUGCCGUGGAGGGCCAGUCCGGCAGAGCGAAGGGGCCAAGGCGAGCACUCAAGGGCUUGCUCCCUCUGGAUAACGAGUGCUCCUCGCAGUCCCCAUAGCUAGGAGCUAUUGAUGGAUCUCUCCUCCACAAAUCUAGAUGAUCCCGUCGUCAUGAGGACCAGGGUGGGAUCAGCUCACAACUGAAUUAUUCAGGGGGGCUUUCUACCCAGAUUAAAGGGCUGUGUCAUAAGCAGCAACUCAGAGAAGGUCCUUGGUAGGGACAGGGGCUGUGUGCUAUGCUGCUGAGUACUGUCUGCUGAUGUAGACGUGUGCCUACCAGGGAGUUUCUACCUUGCUAAGCAUGCCAUGUAAAUCAGUUAGGCUUUGUUUCAGAAAGAUUUCAUCUCUGUGCUUGGCUUUGUUUAUUAAAUCUUCUGCUACCAUACCUCACGGUGUCUCUUUCCCUGAUAGUCCUAACGGUUGUUCAUUAUUGCUCAGUGAAUGUCCUAGCUGUUUGAGUAUAUUCUAUUUUCACUUGCACUGUGGAAUCAGCCUUGGAUCUCAGUGAGAAAGGCGGACUAUAAAUAAUAAUAAUAAUAAUAAUAAUAAAACAGGUCUAUCCCUUCUGACAGCCUCUCUAGCCACUAGCGGGAGUGGGAACAGGGUAACAAGUCACAAAGCCCUGCUGCCCGGAAGAAGACGGCUUCUCUGCCACAAGGGAACAACCGAUAGGUUCGGCACCAGCCAGAGCGGGGGAAAGAGCACCCAUUCCUGCGAGGCAGUGAGCUUGUAGAGAAAUGAUGACGUUUCAAGGGGGAGCUCCCCUUGCCUUUCCCAAGAGCAAGGAGGGAGGAA